AUGUCUGAAAUUUGUUUAGUUAAGUCAUUGAAACUUCAUAGAGACAGGUGUUGGUCGCUAGAUGUUAGCAAUGGGCUUUUAGCAACUGGAUCAGCAAGUCGUGAUAUCAAGUUGGUUAGUUUGCAUAACUAUGAAUUGGUGGAAGAACUAGAUAGGACUGCUCAUAAGAAGGCAGUACGAUCGGUGGCAUGGAGGCCACAUUCAAAAAUUCUUGCUGCUGGAUCUUUCGAUUCGACGAUUUCUAUAUGGGGAAUGGGUGAUAAUGAUGCUAUAAACCCAGAAACAGACCUUCUAGCUAUUAUCGAAGGCCACGAAAAUGAGGUAAAAGCUGUCGCGUGGUCUUCUGAUGGGUACUACCUUGCAACAUGCUCGAGAGAUAAGAGUAUUUGGAUAUGGGAAACCGACGAAAUUGGUGAAGACUAUGAAUGUAUAAGCGUCUUACAAGAACACUCACAAGACGUUAAGAAUAUUGUAUGGCAUCCAACACGCCAUCUGAUCGCUUCCAGUUCCUAUGAUGAUACUGUGCGUAUUUGGAAAGAAGUGGAUGAGGAUUGGGAAUGUGCAGCUGUUUUGACAGGUCAUCAGGGAACAGUCUGGUCAUCUUCUUUUGAGUCUGUCGAAACUGACCUCAGGUUAUGCAGCGGUAGUGAUGACGGUACAGUUCGUAUCUGGAGAUGUAUAAAUGACGAUCCUUCAUCGUAUGAACAAGAAUGGGAACAGGAAGCUGUUUUACCAGCUGCUCAUACCAAGCCCGUAUACAGUGUCUGCUGGAGUUCGACUGGUUUGAUUGCAAGCAGCGGCUGUGAUGGAAACUUAGUUAUUUAUAAAGAGGUGUCUCGUGGGGAAUGGAUUAUUCUAGCUCAACGUCAACUAUGUCAUACUGUAUUCGAAGUCAAUGUCGUGAAGUGGGCAACAGUUGGAACUGAACUACUUCUGAUCACCGGUGGAGACGACGGUUGUGUUAAAAUAUGGAAAUUAGACGAGAAGAACAACGAAGUCUCUUUAAAUGCCACCGAUUAA